UCUCUCUCUCUCUCUCUCUCCCUCUGUCUCUCUCGAAGGGGCGCUCAAGGUCCUUAGAUAAAGGUCUGCCGAGGGUUAUAUGGCCCCCCAAGGGGACUUGAGCCGAACCCAUACACCCUCCGCUUCGGCCAGCGAUCGCUAGGACAUGCCCAAACGGCCGGAUGCCUCCAUCGCCAGAUGUCUAAUUGUUAGGCGGUACAUGCCGAAAGUCGCAGUCUCGUCGAACGUAACCUCUCCGAGGUGCUCGCAUAGGAGUCAUGCAUGCUGUGACUUGUACUGCGGGCAAGCCACAAAUGCAAUGUGCAGCAACCCCUGGACGAUCACACGCCGGGCUCCAUACGACUUCCCUUUGUUUGCGAUGUUCUGGGCUAGCGCUCUAUCAAUAUGCCUCUCACAGCGAUCCAAGGUGCAAGGAACCCCCCUGAGAAGCGUUCUUGGGGGUGCGAGCUUCCAAGACAAGUGCGACUACUAUUCAGACAGGACGAAUACAACAAGUCGUGGAAUGCAACGCAAGAGUCCACGAUCACACUCGUGGCCCUUGCGAU